CCCCGUCGCAGAACUGGCUGGUAUCCCCCUCCCUGCUCAGCACCCCGCGCUCCAGAUGCUCACUCCCCCCUGUUCUGAGAACAGCCCGUCCUCCGACCAGCAGGACGAGGCCCCUCAACAGUCGGGCAACGCUAUCGUCUCUGUAUCCACGACCUUCCAUCCAGGUGCCAACCUCCUCCAAAUAACACCCGAUCUCAUUCUCCUCUCUUCCGACGGCGUCUUUUUCUACGUGCACACAACACAAGUGUUAUCCAUGUCCAACAAUCACUUCAACGGACUUGUCUCCCCAACCGCAGUCAAGACCAAAACGCGCGAUGACCUCGGGCCCGUCCUCCCCCUGCCAGAAGCUGCCACUGUGCUCAACAUCGUGUUGCAUGUCGUCUAUGAGAUCUCGUGCGCGCACUACCAUCCGGGCAUAGAGACCCUCAUAUCAGCUGUGGACGCCAUGCCUACCUAUGGGCUGCGGCCCUCGGCGCACAUCGCGCCGUCGACACCUUUAUACUCCCUGAUCUUGAGCCAGGCGCCAGUGCAGCCCAUCAACGCAUAUGCCCUCGCCGCUGCCCACGAUCUCUACGACCUGGCCGUCCCCGUCUCCAGCCACCUCCUGUCUUUCGUCCUGCACACUUUGACAGACGAGGCAGCGACGCGCAUAGGGCCAGUCUAUCUGAAGCGCCUCUUCUUCCUGCACCUCGGUCGGCUCGAGGCACUCAAGCGCCUUCUGCUACCGCCGCCGCACCCCCAUUCUCCCACCGCGGACUGCGACUUCACGGAGCAAAAGAAACUUACGAGGGCGUGGGCUCUAGCCUCAGCUUAUCUGGCGUGGGACGCCCGUCCAGACCUGUCGACGAGCGCCAUGGAGAGCGCGUUGUGUCCACUCGCGGACCACCUGUCCUGCGACAUUUGCAAACGAAGUCUUGCUGAGCGCGUCAAGCAGCUCAUCGUGCAGUGGUCCGUAGUCAGGCGUUCAAUCUGACGCGUCCGACGCUUCCGUUCCCGAGCCCCAUCCAGGAUACUGGACCCGGUACGCAACGGUCGGGCAACUAUCGGCAUUUCACCGUCGAUCGUCUGUCUCGCCCUCUGCCGUCCGGUCCCGUUCCGCUUCACUCGGGGACUGACGGCUUCGGACCCUCCCACGUCUCUCACUUGUCGAAAACUCCCGCGCCAUCCAGGGGGGAGCAUCUCGGCCUCCAUCCACGCCAUUCCUGCCUAACUUAUCUCUCGCCUCUAUCAGGGCCCCGCCGCUCGGCCGUUCCGCUAUCUUGCACGCAACCAUCAAACCCAGCAUCCCCGUUCCGUCCCCAGCCGCACGUCUCUCGUCUCCAGUAAUCAAGUGUAUCACCAUUCCAUUAGGCCCACGCCGGCCACCAACUUCGCCAUCCAAACACGGUCCUCACGUCGAACUCGUUGUCCAUCGAAGCCUGCAUGUUGUACCACCACUCGUCACUCGCACCCUUUUCUCCUCUCUUCUCGGUCCCGGAUCGCCGGCAUACACGCACGGCUCCGCUCUGUAUCACUUCAAAACACGACUUGUCUUGCCGCCUGGCAUUUUCUCCCUCUCGCCUUCUCGCACCGCUUUCAUACCUGAAUUGCGCUCUCGGACCCCCCUAGUACGCACUCUUGUCCACUCCCCCUUCACUCACGACCCUACCCAUGCUUCCGC